AUGGCUCCUAGCGGCGCCAGCUCUGCAGCUCUGACUGGAAAUUGUGCUAAUGGCUGGUUCAGCUGCGCAGCCAGUGUGGGUGGAGGAUGUUGCCCAUCUGGCUAUGGCUGUGGAACCAGCUGUACAGCCAUGGCCAGCGGACAGAGCAAUGUUGGCAAGGGAGCGCCUAAUGGAGCAGCAAAUGCUAGGGCAUACGGAUGGGCCCUUCUGAGCUUAGCUCUCCUCUCAGGAGCUGGCAUGAUAUUGCUAUGA